AUGACUACCUUCUCUUUCUUUUCUUCACUUCUGAUCUCAACAUUUUUGGUGCAUUUAUGUUUGUACCAUUAUAAGGUUGAAGCCCUGGAGAUAAUCAUAGGUGGAGGAGGAGGUGAGGCCAGCCCUCCUGCUCCCUCCCCUGAAUACGAAGAUUGUCCUCCCCCUCCUCCCCCUCCAUGCCCGCCGCCUCCUCCAUCACUGCCACUGCCGCCACCUCCAAAACUACAGUCUCCACCACCGCCAAUGCCACCAAAAUCACCGCCGCCACCUUCCUCCGGCCCCUUUGAAAGCGAGCGAGUUGAAGUUGCCUUCAAUGUGGUUAAAAGGUUCGUAGCAAAAAUCAAGUCCGACCCAAAGGGCUUCGCAAAGACAUGGCAGGGUCCAAAUAUUUGCAGAUACAAGGGCUUUGUCUGCGCCAUUCAUCCUGUCUACAAGCAGAAAACAGUCUCCGGUAUAGACAUCAACGGGGCUAUGUUGGGUGGUUACAACAAUAAACUUCCACUCGAUGGCUUCCUUGACAAGUUAGAAGAUUUGGUGUUCUUCCAUGCAAACUCCAACAACUUCACAGGCUCAGUCCCGAUUGGCACUGCCAUGCUUCGAUACUUCUACGAGCUCGAUCUCAGCAACAACAAGCUAUCCGGAGGGUUUCCGUACGAUGUUUUAACAGCAACAAAUUUGACAUUUUUGGACCUCCGGUUCAACUUCUUAGCCGGUCCGGUCCCAGCCCGAGUCAUCAAACUAGACGUUGAUGUGCUAUUCCUCAACAACAACUGUUUCACUCAGCAGAUCCCUGACGAUCUGGGCUCCUCACCUGCCCAUUACUUCACUUUUGCCAACAACAAUUUCACCGGUCCGAUCCCAAGAAGCAUUGGUCAAGCAUCCAGAACCCUUUAUGAGGUUCUCUUCCUUGGGAACCAACUUUCAGGGUGUCUGCCUUAUGAAAUUGGGUACCUAAAUCAGGCCACCGUAUUCGACGCGAGUUCCAACUGCUUAACAGGCCCAAUCCCAGCCUCAUUUGCUUGCUUAGCCAAGAUUGAGUUUCUAAACUUGGCCAAGAACAAGCUCUACGGACCAGUGCCUGAGAUGGUGUGCAAGUUGUCUAACCUGGAGAACUUGUCUUUGGCAGACAACUAUUUCACAAAGGUCGGUCCAGAGUGCCAGAAAUUGAUUGACAGAAAGAAGCUUGAUGUUAGUAAGAACUGCAUUUUGGACCAACCAAAUCAGAGAAUAAACGAGGAAUGUGCUACAUUCUUCUCCAAGCCUAUAAAGUGUCCCAACGAGAAGGAAAUGAUUUACAUUCCUUGUAAAAUACCGUAUUCGGGAUCAAACGAGAAGAAGUCCGAUCAUCUGCCACGAGCUCCACUGUCUUAUGGUACUCUUGUACCACAUAGGCUUUGAUUAAUUUCAUGCCCGAAAUGGACUCACCGGAGAUGAGUCAUGAUGGUUUCUUGCAUUUAUGCAUAUAUAGUUUAUUUCUUAAUGUUUGUAGCUACUUCAUAAUUUUAUGGAGAGAUGUAGUAAACUAUAUAGUCCUAAACUAAUAAAGCAGAAGCCAUCUAUAGAAUAAUGAGCUUCUUAUUUGUCUUAAA